AAUUGUUGGAAAAAUCGUUUGAAGUCAUUAAAACUAAACCGUUUGAUAUGCAAUUCAUAAACAAUGAAAUUUCUACAACAAAUAAGUGUUUGGUAAAGAAUGAAGUCGACAAUAAUUAUGAUAUUCAUUUUCCGUGUAAAGCGACCGAUACCUCAAACAAAACAAAAACCAUGGAUUGCAGUUUGAACAAAACUAUAGAAAACGAUUCUGAGAAAAACAUACACAAAAUACGUGCGGUUCGACUGCAAUAUAUGUCAAAGGAGGUUUAUAACCAAAAGUAAUAUAAUCCGGCAUAUUGCGAAAUCGCAUUUUAUUUCUUUGCCUCCUAAAUUGCAAGACCGUUUACCUCCACGCUACAAAGUACCUCCAUAUGUGGCAAUCACUUGUUAUCACACAAACACACACUAUCUGUCCAUAUAAUUUCUGCGUUGUCAUUCAGUUUUCAUUGGAAUCACAUCUAAUGUGAUGAUUGUUGGUACCACUACCCACCGUACCCCCACCUGCGCCGGGAGAAGCGUAAGGACGAUGCCGCAGCCAUUUUUGGUCCGCCAUUCGAUAAUCUCACACGACUUCGUCUACACGCUUGGCGUCUUUUUUCCAAGCAGACAUUCUGUUAAUAACUUUGUGCUGUACACGUUAGUAUUGGUGCCACGGGUCCGAUUCGUGAACAUCUCUAGAUUUCAAUCAUAAUAACUUGGUCGAAUUCUGCGAUAAAUACCUUAAGUAUUGCGUCGUGUUUCGUUAUUUCGUUACAAUUGUGUUUUUUCUUGCAUGUCAAUAAUUUAUUAUAAGUUUUUAUUAGCUGCUCUGGAAGGCGGUUUACGGUUCUACAUUGUGUGAGUAUCUAUUGUUUUGUAUUUCUAAUUUAUAUACAUUAUUGCCGUGUUUACUGUCUCCCGCGGGCAUAAAACACUGCUUUUGAAUAAAAAGAAUCAUAAUUUAUUUGGUAGCUUGUUACUUAUUGUUCAUCCGGAGUUGAGUAGAGUAAUAUAGGAUCAACACCAUUUUAAAGUAAUCUAGUCGGCAAAAUGGCCAAUCGUCUAGCUUUGAUCUUUAUUGUGUUAGCUUCUUACCUAUAAGCCAUGCUUGUAGCUUUGUGUUAUUCAUCUAAUUCGAGUAAAUUAAAAUUAAGAUUUAAAUGUUUAAACAAACAAAAUAUACUACUGAAAACUCAGUGGUUUUUUACAAGUAAUGUAAACUAAAUUAUUCUUUACUAUAUUAUUAUUAUUACUUUAUUUGUUACUUAAUAAAAUAAAUAAAACUGCAAUUUAGUAGUCCUAUUUAAACCUCUUUGCAUAAGUGGUACAGAAAAACAACUAAAGUUCAAUGUCAAUUACAGAGUUUUGAAACGGUAAAAUAUGUUGAAUAUUAAACCUGAAAAUGACGAUGCAGAAGAAUACUCCGUUGAACCAAAACCGUUUGAUGUGCUGUUCAAAAACAAUGAAAUAUCUAUAGUAGAGGAUUAUUUGGUUAAGAAUGAAUUCGAUGAUACUUAUGAAGUUUUAAAGCGGUUUAAUAUAUUGAAAAUUAAACCUGAAAAUGAUGAAACAAAAGAAGAGUUGUUGGAAAAAUCGUUUGAAGUCAAUGAAAACAAACCGUUCGAUAUGCAGUUCAUAAACAAUGAAAUUUCUACAACAAAUAAGUGUUUGGUAAAGAAGGAAGUCGACAAUAAUUAUGAUAUUCAUUUUUCGUGUAAAGCGACAGAUAUCUCAAAUAAUACAAAGACAAUGGAUUGUAGUUUUAACGAAACUAUAGAUAAUCAUUUUCAGAAAAAUAUAUACAAAAUACGUCGGUUCGACUGCAAUAUGUGUCAAAGGAGGUUUACAACCAAAAGUAAUAUAAUCCGGCAUAUUGCGAAAUCGCAUUCCAUUGAAAAGAAAACACCUCAAAAAAAUAAUGUCAAUCAUCCUAACAGCAAAAUCAAAGGAAAUACUCGAAACAAAGAUGGCCUAUUUAAUUGUGGUAAUUGUUUAAAAACGUUUUCAUUAAAAUCAAGCCUGAGAAGACAUUCGUGCAUUCACACGGAAAAGCCCUUUAAAUGCAAUGUCUGUGAAAAAGCAUUCAUUCAUCAAUCUAAUCUCAAGAGACAUGCACGUAUACAUACCGCCGAGAAACCUUUUAAGUGCGAUGUCUGUAAAAAAACAUUCAGUCAUCAAUCUGCUCUCAAGAGACAUGCACGUAUUCAUACCGGCGAGAAACCGUUUAAAUGCGAUGUCUGUGAAAAAACAUUUGGUGCACAACAAUACCUAAAAAUUCAUAAACGCACACAUACCGUCGAAAAACCGUUUAAAUGCGAUGUCUGUCAAAAGGCUUUUUGCGACCAAUCUUACAUCAAAAUUCAUAAAAGGAUACAUACCGGCGAGAAGCCCUUUAAAUGCAAAGUCUGUGAAAAAGCAUUCAUUCAACAAUCUAAUCUCAAGAGACAUUUACGUAUACAUACCGAUGAGAAACCCUAUAAAUGCGUUGUCUGUGAAAAAUGUUUUAAUAGUCAAUUUAACCUCAAAACUCAUGAAAGAACACAUACCGCCGAGAAACCAUUUAAAUGCCGUGUCUGUGAAAAAGCGUUCAUUCAACAAUCUGACCUCAAGAGACAUUUACGUAUACAUACCGAUGAGAAACCCUAUAAAUGCGUUGUCUGUGAAAAAUGUUUUAAUAGACAAUUUAACCUCAAAACUCAUGAAAGAACACAUACCGCCGAGAAACUAAUUAAAUGCGAUGUCUGUGAAAAAACAUUCACUCAACAAAUUCAUCUUAAGAAACAUGCACGUGUACAUACCGGCGAGAAACCGUUUAAUUGUGGUAUUUGUUUAAGAACAUUUUCAUUAAAAUCAAGCCUGAGAAGACAUUGGCGCGUUCAUACUGGGGAGAAACCCUUUAAAUGCGAUAUCUGUGAAAAAACAUUUGGUAGACUAUCAAACCUCAAAAUUCAUGAACGCACCCAUACUGGUGAAAAACCGUUUAAAUGCGAUGUCUGUAAAAAAAGUUUUAAUGUACAGUCUACCCUCAAAACUCACGAAAGAAGACAUACCGGUGAGAAACCUUAUAAAUGCGUUGUCUGUGAAAAAACAUUCAGUCAACUAAUUAGUCUCAAAAUUCAUAAACGCAUACAUACCGGUGAGAAACCAUAUAAAUGCGAUGUCUGUGAAAAAACAUUCGGUCAAAAGUCCUCUCUCAUAAUUCAUGAACGCAUACAUAUUGGUGGGGUACGAUACAAAUGCUCAGCCUGUGACAAAUCAUAUGGUCGCCAAGAUACUCUCAAAAGGCAUCAAGCAAAAGCACACGGCUCAUAGAUUCAUAAACCUUACGUGACUAUUUGGCAGUUUUUCAAAAUCGAUUUGUUGUUAUUUUGCAAUUUUUUUUACUUUAUUACAGAUUUAGUAUACUUUUAUUAGUUUUCUUAUAAUAUUUUAUUUAUUACUAUCGUUUAACAGAUCAAUAACAUAAGUAUUCGUUUAAUUUUUUUUUCUACGGAUCACAUGAAUUAUUUAGUAUUUAAAUUUUUAUAAUGAGUUUUUUAAUUUUCAUAAUCUACACACACAAUAUGCUAAAAAAUAUUGUUACUAUUCUUAUUUUUUA